GGACGAAGGCGGGAAGACCCAACGUAGGAAUAUACCCGAUGCUGGAGAGCCUUGAACGCAGUGCGUGCGCGAUCGUCGUUACAUUAACGUUCUUUGCACAAAAAAAAAAAAAAUACCAUCUUUUUUUAUUCUCGUGUUUUUAUCGCGGACCAUUCGAGUGUCGGAAAUUGUUCGCAUCUUUCCCUUUUGUACGCGCAACACGUCGGAAAAAUAUCUCCGGGUGGAAGAUAUACGGAGGAAUUUUCUGAGGAUCUGUACACCGCAAAAAAAAAAAAAGAAAAACUCGCUCUAAUAUAAUCGGUAGCUGUUAUCUAACCACAGCGCCAGUUCAACAACAAUUCAAGUGCACAGGUGUACGAGAUUCCAUCAUGGGGGAGAAAAGCCUCACCAAGAUACAGUCCUUCUACGUAGGACGUACAAUUUUCAUAACGGGAGCUACGGGAUUUAUGGGAAAAGUUCUCAUAGAAAAGCUGCUCUACAGUUGCAGUGAUUUGGAACGUAUUUACAUACUUUUACGACCGAAACGUGGACGCUCGAUCGACGGUCGCUUGGAGGAUAUGUUUAAGCUCCCGAUGUUCCAUCGUCUGCGAAAAGAGAAGCCGGAGAUGAUGAAGAAGCUCGUACCGAUGCAGGGGGAUGUGACGCUCGAUAAGCUUGGUCUCGACACCGCACAGCGUAAAACACUCGCCGACGAAGUAUCUGUAGUUUUUCACUGCGCCGCAACUUUACGUCUCGAAGCCAAGCUCAAGGAUGCGAUCGAGAUGAACACGGCCGGUACGCAGAGGGUACUGGAAUUGUGCAGGAUGAUGAAAGGACUGAAAAUUAUGAUACACCUCAGCACGGCAUUCUGCCACGUUGAUCAGGAAGAACUCGGUGAAAGGGUUUACGAUACGAAUGAAAAUCCCAGCGAUGUAAUGCGCCUGAUGCAGUGGAUGGACGAAGAAGCCAUCGACCUCGUAACGCCGACAUUGAUCAAACCUCAUCCGAACACCUACACCUACUCGAAAAGACUCGCCGAGGGAUUGAUCGCCAACGAAUUCGCGACCAUGCCCUGCGCAAUCGUGAGACCGUCCAUAGUGACACCGGCGUGGGCAGAGCCGUUGCCCGGUUGGGUGGACAGUCUGAACGGGCCCACCGGUUUGAUAGUAGGGGCGGGAAAGGGUGUGAUUCGAUCUAUGCACUGCAAUGGAAAUUAUCACGCUGAAGUCACACCGGUGGACAUGGCGAUAAACGCGAUACUAGCGAUUUGCGCCAAGACCGGGUCGCUCACGGAAAAACCAAAAAAAAUGCCGGUCUUCAACGUCACUCAGAGCGGCGUGGUGCCGAUAACGUGGGCCGAGGUGUUGGAGAAAGGACGCGGUGUGGUACACGACAAUCCAUUCGAAGGGGCGAUUUGGUAUCCGGACGGCGACAUUCGCAGCAGUAAAUUUGUUCACAAUCUGUUCGUGUUUUUCUUCCACUUGAUACCCGCCUACUUCAUCGAUUUUCUCAUGCUGAUAUUCCGUCAGAAACGUUUCAUGGUGCGUGUUCAGAAACGUAUCAGCGACGGACUCGAGGUUCUCCAAUACUUCACGACGAGGGAAUGGAAUUUUCACAACACAAAUCUGCUCGGCGUAUGGUCCGAAAUGAGUCCUGAGGACAAGGAGGUCUUCUCCUUCGACUUCAUCAAUAUGGACACGAUCGAAUACAUGACCAGAGUCGUGUUGGGUGCUCGGCAGUAUUGCAUGAAAGAGAAAUUGGAAACACUGCCGAGAGCGCGACUCCAUCAAAAAAUGCUCUACGUUAUUCAUUACGCGGCGGUGUACACCUUCUACUUCACGAUCUUCUACUACGUCUGCAAGAAUUUCGAAAUUGCCAAAACGGGUCUUGAUUACGCCACGGAAUUGUUCAAAAGUGUUCCGAUCGUGGGUGGACUAGUAGAUAAAGCACAUUUGUAAUUAGUUUCCAGGUGAAGAAAAACGAGGCGAUCGUUUGUACUUGGAAAGUUUUCGCUCAACGAACGAUGUCGAUGAGAUCACCAUUCGUCUUCCCGGUCACAAAAAAUUGACCAGGUUUUUUUGGUUUUAAUUUUUGUUUUUUUUUAUUUUUUACUGCCUCGAAGACGCACGUGCCUCAAUCGAUUCAUCUGAUGUACAUAAAUUUUGUACCUGUGUAUGUGAAUGAUGUAAAAUUUCUUACAGCUUGGAAACCACACUACUCCAACAAUAAUAGUUUAAGGAAAAUAUCUUAUUUGUUAUUCCGUUCGUAUAUAUGUCAUUUAUUUUGAUAAUAAACGUGUUUUCUUGUA